AUGAUGAGCGGAGUUACCUCUGGCACAGGCUCGGCUUCGUGCCGCUUCGCCCAGUACUUCGUGGUAUGUGGAUUGGACACGGAGACUGGUCUAGAACCCGAAGAAUUAGCUGGUAAAUAUUGUUUUUUAUUGAUAGCCUAUUAGAACAUAAUAUAGAAUAACAAAAAAAAAAACGUUAACUCGAAAGCGAAAUCACCGAGAGGUCUUUCAAUCAAUUGACCGUCCAAGCCUUUUUUUUUAGCGAGCCCAGUCAUGUGAGAAGUGCAAUGGUGCCUAUCCAUCCAGUGUCAGUGAGGCGUCAGGAAAACAGCUGAGAUUGUGAAGGUCAGCUGGGAGUAUUUAUUGUCGUGACGGUCACAGCCGAGCAGAUAUAGAAAUCCCUUAAUAAAUUCAUCAGAUUGCCUUCUCAAUCACUACAUAUUUAACCAAAUGCCGUUUUGACUGAUGAGCAACUCCAGUCCUCGUGGCCGGAGUGGUGUCACACUUCCUCCCCCCUCCAUUCCUAACAAACAGCUGAAAAGUAUUAAUUGAAGAUCAUGUUUAGUUGAUUAUUGGAGUCGAGUGUAUUUACUGGGGCUGAGGGAAAAGUGUGACACCAAUCAUGCCCCGGAGAACUGGAGUUUUCCAUCCCUGGCCUAUAUAGAUCCACGAUUAUAACAUAAUGUUUUGUGUUUUUAUUGUCAUUAUAAAGUCCGCUGAACACUACCCACAUCACUCCUUGGGGGAUGUGGUUGUGUAGUUAUUAGAGGAGGUAGGCUGAUACCAACCAUGUAGGCCAGGGUAUUCAACUUUUACCCUAUGACAGGGAUGGGCAACUCACUUCCCCAUUCCUAGCAAAGACUUCUGAUUUAAACUAAUUACAUUUUAAAACUGAAAAUCAUUAUUAGUUGAUUAUUGGAAUCGGGUGUGUUAGCUGGGGCUAAAGUGUGAAACCAGUCAGGCCCCUGAGGACUGAAGUUGCCCAUACCUGCCCUACGAGAUCCAGAGCCUACUGGUUUUCUGUUCUACCUGAUAACAGAAGAAAACAAUCUGAAAAGGAGUGAGAUGAACUUGUACUAUCCGAACUUGUCCGACAAAUGCAAAAAAACAAAAAACAUUUCGAAACAUUUGGUACCAUAAUCAAUGAACAUGACCCAGGCUAGUAGCACACAAGUCCACCACAGGAUGGGACAGGGAGGCGGAUGGUGGUCUGUGAUAAGACUGGAAUCAUCAGGGGAGGAGAUUAACUGGGGCUGGAGCAGAGCCACCAAAGAGUUUAGUCUGCUUUGUGUUUUCCAUGGGAAAAAUAUUGCGAUACUGUUAUCGUCACCGCCCUAAGCAGUGAACACGGCCCUGGCUGCCAGUCUGUUUCUUCUGUAGCCAACUCCUUUGUGGUUGUUCUAGCCUACCAAUGGGCAAGAGCCUCUUCUGGUCAGGUCACCUGGAUGCAGUGGUGGAGUGAGUCAGAUUGCCAUGGCGACCAUGACAGUCAACCACAGUGAUGCCGCGGUCGUGCCUGAACCCUGAGGGGGGGAAGUGGUCUCUUCCAGAGCUAUAUGGCUAGGCUCUUUCAUGACAUUAUCUCUAAGAGAAAAGACACACCGCGAAGAUGAAUGGCUAAAGCAGUGGGUGGCCUUCCUAUCGGCUCUGACCAGAAUAUCGGAAGUCAUUUUUCUGUUGAAUCUUCAUUUUCUGUUAAAUGUUGAAUCGCCGCCGUUCGUUCUCACCCAGCAGGCAAUCGCUAGUUAAUCACAGCCACCCGCUGCUUUUAGCAAAUCGUCUUCAUGGUGUAGCUUUUCCUGAAUCCUCCUUUAUCUCAUUCCAUAUAUGAGAUAAAGUGUGUGUGUGAAAUAUAACAUUUGUAUGGUUAAGAGGUUGUUGGUACAGAAAUGGCUAUAAAAUAGAGUUUCCUCUUUACAGCCCUCAGGUUGUUGACACCAGCAGGAUUAAAAGGGAGGGUGCUGGGAGAGAGUCCCUAUGGUGUGGAAAUGGUAGGCUAUAUUGCAAGCUCUGGUAUAUUGGAUUCUCAAUACUAAGUCCUCAGUGAGGAAGAGGCAAGGUUAUGUGUUCUAUUCAGAAUAGAACAAUCUGCACCAUCUUCCCACUGCCUCUCUGUCAUUGUCAAAUCACAGAACACACACAGUCACACCCUGUAUUCUUUGUGGAGGUGGGGGAGAAGGACAGGGGAGGGAGCAUCCAAGGCAGAGUAGAUCCCCAGGGAACAUGGCGGGGUGGUAACCGGACACAUUUAACCCUCUGACUGUCGUCAUGCAGCCUAGCUAGCCUAGUGUUUGUGUCAGGAUGUGAAAAUGAAAAACCCCAUCCUUACACUACCCCCCUUCACAUUCACAAGAGGAUCACCUGAUCAGACUGCGUAGUGAAAAGGAAAGGACACCACUUAGUAUUACUGUUAGUUAGAAGCUCAUUUUCUUGUGUGUGUGUGUUGGACAGUAGUGAUGGCAGGCUCCCUGCUGGGGGGGAUCUGGCCUUCACCUAUCUGCUUAUGUAACAUCAGGUCUUACUAAUCUCUGCUCCAGCCGGGGGCUGCACUCUGCCUUUCAGGGAUUUGUGUGCGUGCUGGUAGAUAAAUGUGUUUCUUUGAGGGGUGUGUGUGUCUGCAUAUCUGUCGAUGGUGAAUGUUUUUUUUUUUUCCAGAUAUGUUUUUUUUUCUCGUGUUUGUAAUUGGAGAGUGUCUUCAAAUAAACAAUCUGCUCUUGUUGGCCUCUCAAUAGAUGCCUCUGUGUUUCUGCAGCCCUAAUCAAAUUUCACAUGACGUUCCCGGUUGGAAUGCCGGGUCACCAUGGUUUCAGCUCCUGGCUCCGAGCGGACUGGUGACUGUCACAGGGAAUGACAUCGGUGUCAGACGGGAACCACAGUGGGAUGUUCAGUGACACUGAAAUGUCGUGUGUGAUAUCACUGGAUCAAAAAGGCUUUUUUCAGAAUAAACAUUAAAGGUGUGUCAAGGAGGAAAGUUUAGAGUCUUAUAGCCUAUUACAACCAUGCUUAAAGUGAUCAUGAACACAGCCUGCAAUUAAUUUGUUUUUGAUUGGAGAAGGAAGACUAGGAUGGACUGUAAAAAUCCCUAUUGAAGUCCAAUUAGGCUAUGUUCAAUACAAUUGAAUAUGAAAGGCUGGCGAUUAUACAUUGCGUUUUUAUCUUGUGAACUCUUCGUUGCUUCUGUAACCAAUCAAUGAUCAAACCCGAGUCGUCCAUUCUUGAGAAUGUGUUAUCCCUCUGAGCUAAAGCCUUCACAAGGUUAGAUAUCAUUUGAGAAAGCAUAGUUCAGCAAACCACCCCGAAACAUUUAUUCAACCAGGAGACCGGCGUAGGAGAUUCUUAUAAUUGAGACGGUGUCUGCUCAUUCUGUCUUUUCAUCUCUCAACCCACCUCCAUCUCUCUCUCUCUCUCGUUCUCCUCCCCCUCGUCUGUCCAUCCGUGGGUGUGACGAAUUGAAUGUGGUUAGGCAAAGAUGAAAUGCAUCUCUCUAUUCACUCAUCCAGUCAUCCCUGUCUCGAUCUGUCUGUUUGAAGGAUGGAAAGCUGCGCAUGACUGUUAAUCAUACGUUCAAAUAUCUAUCAACCGUGAAACGUCAGCUGUUUCAUCAUAGGCCUCUUUUGUCUUUAGGUGUCAGAUCCCUCCUCUCUGUUUGUCUGCCUAUCUACUGUAUGAGAGAACUGGGUGUUUUUACACUUUAGAGUAAGCCUACUAGGAUCCGAUGAAAUUGUAUGUGUUUGGAAUCUUCUUUAACAUCACAAACACUACAUCUAUAGACUAAUGAAAACCAGAUGUCAUCCUGUGAUCAAUCAGCAAUGUUCAUUAGGGCACACCGUAUCAAAAUGUUUUAAAAACGUUUCGCAACAAACCAAGUCAAACCUUUUUUUAUUGGACAAGGUCUGGUAGUGCCUUCCCAUUUGAUAGAGUUUUCUUCUGUAAGUGUGCCUGCUGAAAAAAGACUCCAGUUUCAUAAUGAAAUGGUAAUAUGUGGCAUAACAUGGUGUCGUCCUCUUACUGAGGCUGAGCGCUGUCGUGACUCUGACUAAACGCCCCUUGAGAAAUCCAUCCAUCCAUGCUGGAGUGGGAUCCUGUGGUGUUGAGAUUCCACGCAGUGUCUGGGAGACAGUGACGUUGCAGUGUCUGGAGUGGAACUGUGAGAAUGAGGCCUUCUUCCAAUGCGAAUUAACUUUAUCCUUCAUUCUUUCUGUCUUCUGUUCUUUGUCCUUCCUUCCUCUGAGUAAACACUGAUCCCUCAUGACAGAAGUGGUGUGAGCAUACAUGUACGUAGGAGAAUCAAGCUUUCGCUGGUGUUACUUCAUGAAGGGAUCAAUGCGUUUUGGUAGUGUUUUACCAUGGCCAGCAGAUCUUUUGUGGUCUCUCUGGAGUGGGCUGAGCUGAUUUCACAGUGCUUUGGGGGAGAUGUCUAGUUGGGGGAUGAUGAUGAUGAUGAUGAUGAUGGUAGUCACACAGCCUAACCGAGGCACCGUUUAAUCUUUCAUCCACAGAACCAUAACAAGCCACCCUCCCCCUUUCUUUUCCUCCAUCUCUCCAUCCCACUUCUCUUUCUGUCAGUUGAACCCUCUCGCCUCCUACCUUCCUCUUUCUCUCGUUCUCUCUCCCCUAAAAAUCUUUCUUUAAUGUGGUCAGCAACUUCUUAAAAUUUCACUUCAAUCUCUGACACAACACUCCGGAAGCUAAAAAACAUCAGCAUACCAUUCAUUCACCAGUGCACUAUUCAUUUCAAGUGUUUUAUGUUUAAAUGGGUCAUGGUAAGGCAUUAGAAGAACAGGUUCAGCACUGAGCAGUGAAACCCAAAUUACAAUCCCAGGCAUGGUCUGGAUUAAAUACAGCUUUCGCACAGAUGUUUGAUGUUGCCUCGUGUGUGUGUGUGUGUGUGUGUGUGUGCAUGCGCAUUGUACAUUGUGUGAUUCCCCAAUGGCUGGCUGAGUGUGUGUGUGUGUGUGUGAAUGUUCACCUAACUUAGUGGGUAAGAGCGUUGUGCCAGUAACCGAAAGGUCGCUGGUUCUAAUCCCCGGGCCGACUAGGUGAAAAAUCUGUCGAUGUGCCCUUAAGCAAGGCACUUAACCCUAAUUGCUCCUGUAAGUCGCUCUGGAUAAGAGCGUCUGCUAAAUGACUCAAAUGUAAAUGUAACUAAUUGCGUCAGCUGAUGACUGUCUUCUUCAAGGCCAUGGCAACCGUAACGCCAGCAGAAACGGCUACCAUGGCAACCAGACAUCGUUCUCCUCUUGACAACGAGGCCCUGAGGAAGCUCGAAGGCCUGGUAGAUAAACACAAAGACCACAAUGUGACGCCUCAUCACAUCUCUGCCUGCCGUGUCCCUUGAUUUAAAAUCAAAAUAGAGGAUCGGUACGGUACAACACUCGGCAAGAUGGUGUCGUUUUUAAUACCAGCUCUGAUUCUCUUCCUUAUCACACUGAUAUCCAACAUGGCUGCCCUGUCCUCAAAACAUUGCAUGUGUACAACCCACCCACCUGGGUCGUAUUCAAUAGGGCACACCGUAGCAAAAUGUUACGCAAUUCUUAUUGGACAUGUUCUGGUAGUCCCUCCCCAUUUCAGGCCAUUUUGUUCCUAGUGAAUAGGACCCAGGCUUCAUUACUACCCACCCACCGGCAUCAUUUCAAAGCAAAGCAACCCUCAGUUUUGAUCAGUCUAUUGCCUUCGGCAUCCUUUCUGUUCUCGGCUUUCCGUGCGUCAUCGGAGAAGCAGGUGGAAUGCUGGAAUCUGGCUGGAUAAGUGGAUAUGCGUCAAAGCAAGCAUUAGAUUGUAAGAUGUGUUUUUGAGCAGCGAGUGUUGCUCUUCCUGCUCUGUGUGUGUGUGUGUGUGUGUGUGUGUGUGUGCGCGCAUCCAAAUGCCAGACAGAGUAGUAAUGGGGAGAGUGGUGCACUCAAGGGAAGGAGAGUGACGGUGUUCCUUUAAAUGAGGUAGUGUGAGUACUCACCAGUGUCUUACACACACGGCAUAUGGUUUACUAUCCUUGUGGGGGCCUAACAGCUUAUUCCCAUUCAAAAUCCUAUUUUCCCUAACCCUUAAUUGUAAACCUAAAUUAGCCUUUUUCCUCGUGGGGACGUGGGAAAUGUCCCCACUAGGUAAAAUGUUCCUUGUUUUACUAUCCUUGUUGGGACUUUUGGGGACCACGAGGAUAGUAAUACACACACGCAGACACACACACACACACACACACACACAUACACAGAGCUCUCUUUAUGUAACUGGAGAAGGCAGCUGACAUGGGACAGUGAGGGAGGCAGGAGAUGCAUCAGGCAGACAAGGUAAUACAUCAAGGUCAGAGGAAGUGUGUGUGUAUGUGUGUGUAUGUCACUGGUGACGCACUCAAACGGCCUCUAAUUUUUAAAGGAAUUCUAUCCUUCCCUUCAUCCAAACCAAGGAUGGUAUUUUUUUUAUCAGGCCCCAAGUUCAACAUGUACCGUUAAUUUGGGAUGCAUUCUGUGCAUUGCUUCUGCUUCUACAACAUCUUUACUCAUUCUCAGCGUGAGGGGAUGAGGGCGUUGUAGCUGCUGUGAAAGCUCCUCUGGGGUGGUUGUGAUAUAAGUCUGGGCCUCCCAGGGCUUCCCCUCUUCACUGUAGAACCACCGCUCUGUCUCACCCCUCUGUCUCACCCCUCUGUCUCACCCCUCUGUCUCACCCCUCUGUCUCACCCCUCUGUCUCACCCCUCUGUCUCACCCCUCUGUCUCACCUUUCUACAUUUUCUACUAGCCCGGUCUGAAAAUGGCGGUCUACCUUAAAAUCCAUCUCUGGUCUCAACCCUCUACUCUACGAUCUCACCUCUAGCUCAAUAAAGGGAUUCAACACACACAGGGUUUUUUAGCUGGUGUCAGAUGAAGGGUAAAUGGUUGUGCUCUCUGAUAUUAAAUCCUGACCCUGUCUGGUAACCGCCGUGUUCUCUGCCAUGUCCCCUUAUUAAGAAUUCAGUGCGAUGAUGAAGGUCACUUGUCCCUCUGAUUUUGUCUGUGCCAGUAUUGCAACGCUGACAUACUCACUCUUUCUUUGUCUCUAACCCGCCCUCUCUCGCCACUCUUAUUUCAACAUCUGUCUAUCUCUCAUCUCUUUCCUAGGUGAGAGCUUUGAGCAGAGCCCCCUCCGGAGGUCCUUCAAGUCCAAGGUUCUGUCCCACUACCCUGAGAGCACAGACAGGAGUCCCUUCAACAGAGAUGCAGUCAACAUGGUAAGAUAGUGGAGCUAGGAUAUGUUUAGAGAACUUAAUAUACAUAGAAAAGGGUUAAGUCUGUAUUUUUAUGCCAUUUGGGCUGUUUUAGCCCUUUCUAGAGAUGGUUGUCGUGUGUGCAUGUGAAAACGGCUUCAUUUAUUGCGUUCAUUACAAGAAAAUGUGUUUAUGUUGAAUUACAGUACAUCUUAUUGUGGACAUUCUGUUGUACAUGUGUUUUACACAGAAUAGGGGACUUUAUAUCUGUUUGUGCACCAUUGUUUUGUUAUUGUAUGUUUCUGGGCUUUUUCUUGGGUUAAACAAUGCAAAUCUGUCAGCGUAAAUGAGUAAUUGAACCAAUUGAAAGUAAUAAACAAAAAGCUGAUGGUUUGUCACUGCUGUGACAUCACUUUUUUUUUUUGUUCUCCUGUACCACAAUGCGUUUCUCUUUUUUAUGCAAAUCAGAUAAUGUUUUCUGUUUUCAAGUGUUAACAUUUUUAACAAGGAUGUAUAGAUUUUUGUAACAUUUGUAUCCUUCAAAAUGUAUGUAAUUUUAAUUUAAAAAAAAAGUUGUUUUAUGGCACAAUAUUGUAUAAACAAGUCUGGAUAAUGAAAGCACUAGGCAGGAACUCGACAGCAUCGAAUUUAAAUGAACCAAUAAACAAACACAGUUUUUCAUGACGCUAAAGCCUGUUGUGAGCAGUCUUCCUACAGACACUAAAGUACUUUGUAACAGAUGGCUAGAGCACCUUUUCACGGAGCCACAAUCAGAUCUGACUCUCUCUCCACAAAUAAGGCCCCUUGGAUUUUAAAAGUAUUUUUUUUACCCCUUUUCUUCCCCAAUUUCGUGAUAUCCAAUUGAUAGUUAGUCUUGUCCCGUCGCUGAAACUCCCAUACGGACUCGAGAGGCGAAGGUCUAGAGCUAUGCGUCCUCCGAAAAACGACCCGGCGAAGCUGCACUGCUUCUUGACACACUGCUCGCUUAACCUGGAAGCCAGCCGCACUAAUGUGUCGGAGGAAACACCGUACAACUGGCAACCGAAGGAGCGUGCAUGCGCCCAGCCCGCCACAAGGAGUCGCUAGAGCGCAAUGGGACGAGGACAUCCCAGCCGGCCAAACUCUCCCCUAACCCAGACGACGCUGGGCCAAUUGUGCGCUGCCUCAUGGGAGUCGCGGCCGGCUGCGACACAGUCCGGGAUCGAACCCGGGUCUGUAGUGACGCCUCAAGCACUGCGAUGCGAAUAAGGCUAGUCUUCAAUAUUGUUUGUCAGAAUGGACGCUCUUCAGAAUGAUUUGACCCCUCUCAUCCCUGUCCAUAAUUUCUGUGUUUGUCAUUCUUUCUGUACCCCUUCAUCCUUUCCUUUCGCUCUCCACCUUUUCUCUUUUUUCCUCUGAUGUCCUCUAAAACAUCCCAACUCACUCUUCCAUCGGCAUCUCUCCCACCACCUCUUUAUCCUCCUCCCUCCAUCUUUCUCAGUUUCUUUCCCCCAUAUCACCUCAUCCCAUGUCUCUCUUUUCCUCCCUUCAUCUCUCGUUCUCCAUAUUCCUCCGUCCUCUCUCUCUCUUCACCUCUUUUUCUCCAUCUCUCUCGAAACUCCCUCCUCCUCAUAUCUCUCUCUCUCUUUCCCCAGCUCUGCAUGCCGCGGGGCCUGUCGUUCCGUAGUCAGGCGGACAGCCGCGAGCACCGCUUCCACUCCUUCACGGUCGCUCGGGACGACGGCACACACUCCUACGGCUUUGUGCACACAUACUAUGAGGAGGUGACGAGUGCCCAGAUCACCGCGGCGAUGCAGACCCUCCAUCAGAUGCACCACGUGGAGCAUCACUCCAUCUCUUCUUCAUCUCCCUCUUCCUCCGCCUCCUCCCCCUCCACAUCCAGCAUGGACUCUCUGGUGAGCAGCCUGGACGAGUCAGACGCCGCUUCCCUGGCAGAGCACCCCCUAUCGGCUUGUUUGGGCUGCGCGGCGGGCUCCUUCCAGCCGGCUCGGGACACCCUGUACGCCUCCAAGGCCCUCUGCCUCCUGACGCCCCUCCCCUUCCUCCUCGCCGCCCGCCACUUCCUGUCCCAGCUGCACCAGGCGGUGACGUCGCACGCCGCCCCGCCGCUACCCCUGGAGAGCUACAUCCACAACAUCCUGUAUGAGGUGCCCGCGCCCCCGCCCGGUCGGUCGCUCCGGUUCCACGGGGUCCAGGGGCCCAUCAUGUGCCAGCAGCCCGGCCCGGAGGAGCUCCCGCUGGGGGACUACCCACUGGGAGAGGCCUUCUCUCUGCUGGGGGUGGAGAACCUGGUGAGACUGCUCACCUCCGUGCUACUGGAGACCCAGGUCCUGCUUUACUCACAAGGUAAGGACCAAAAGACCAGGCAGCGUUCACUGAAAGAUCAACAACCUAGGUUGUUUCGAUUCUUUAAUUUAUUUUCUAACCUUCACCCAAAAGUGUGCACUUGUUCAAUUCCCAUCAUGCACUUAAAUGUAUUAGAUCGGUGCAAGCAUGACUCUAGGGAGUUGCCACCAUAUUCCCAAUCCUUACACUAGUCCAGUGUUUCCCAACUCCAGUCCUCCAGUACCGACAACAGCACACGUUGUUGUAGCCCCAGACAAACGCAACUAAUCAUCAAGCCCUCAAUUUGUUUAAUCAGGUGAGUUUGUCAGGGGCUACAACAAAAAUGUGUACUGUUGGGGGUACUGGAGUUGGGAAACACUGGACUAGUGUAAGGAUUGGGAAUAUGGUGGCAACUCCCUAGAGUCAUGCUUGCACCGAUCUAAUACUACUAGUCCAUGGAGUGUAUGAGUGUAUACUUUUGAGAUUCAGACCACAGCCUAAUCACAACUAAAACUUCACCACAACAAUUCAACACAUGUAUCCAUGAUAUGAGUACCACCCAGGGUCAAAUUCCUCAAAUCGGCAACAAUUAAAAUGUCACUCAAUCUCCCCCCCUCCGUCUCUGUCUCCAUACUACCAAAGGUUGACGACAACAACUUAACAACAAUUCAACACGUUAGUAUACCAAGGUCAAAUUCCCUCAGUCUUUCCAUCUCUCUGUCUCCAGACUACCAGCGGUUGAUGACUCUGGCAGAGGGCAUCACCACCCUGCUGUUCCCGUUCCAGUGGCAGCAUGUCUACCUGCCCAUCCUACCGGCGCCCCUGCACCACCUCCUGGAUGCACCCGUGCCCUUCCUCAUGGGUAUCCAGCGGAGGGACGGCACCCAACGCUCCACUCUGGAUCUGUCCCAUGAGGUACAGUAUUAGAAUGGCAUGUACUUAGUACUUAGUCAUUUGUGUUUGGGACUGUAGCCAUGUAAUGGACACCUUUUUUAUACACAUUUUGACCCUCGAAAUGGCUUUAUUUAACCAGUGAACUUAUUGAGAACACAUCUUCUUUAAUAACCACCUGACCAAGAGGGAGACUUUAAUAACCACCUGACCAAGAGGGAGACUUUAAUAACCACCUGACCAAGAGGGAGACUUUAAUAACCACCUGACCAAGAGGGAGACUUUAAUAACCACCUGACCAAGAGGGAGACUUUAAUAACCACCUGACCAAGAGGGAGACUUUAAUAACUACCUGACCAAGAGGGAGUGAUGAUAAAUCUAUUUAACUUGAGAUGCAGUAGGACAAACAAUGUUCUCACUCAUUCCAAAGUUCCUAUUUCUCUAUUAAGAAUGGGAGGUUGCUGAAUCUACAUACCUAGUUUGUGAGUUUUAAAUCCACUAUUCAAUCACAAUUCUACUUGCUUUACCACAUGGAAUUUGAAGCAUUUUAGUUCACAUUCUCUAGCAUUCUAGUAGGCAUUGUGAUACACAUUUUGACAGGCAUUCACUGACCUUGCAAAACCUUCCAACAAGCUUUCGAGCACAGUCUAAUGUAAGCCAUUCUAAUAAAAUACAUUCCAGUACGCAUUGUAACACAGUGAAAAGAGCAUUGUAACAUUUGCUGCAUUCUUGCAGUGCCUGUACUAAUUAAUCCUAUUAUGGUUGCAUAUUAAUAUCCCCCUGCUCUCUAGUGCUGGCGAAAUAUAGAAAUUCACGCAUCUCCUCCGGCGAGCUCCUCCGCUUCUCCCUUCUCUCCCCAAAUCCAAAAAUCACACCAUGCUGCAUAAGCGUUUUGCUAGGUUUGCAUCCCAAAUGACACCCUAUUCCCUAUAUAGUGCACUACUUUUGACCAGAGGGCUUUAUGUAGGGUAUAGGAUGCCAUUUAGGAUUUGAAGUGGUAAAGCCGGCCCAUAAAUGCACCAGGAGAAGGAGAGAGCUGAGCCUUUCCAGAGAAAUCAGACAAUGUGAAUAAUGAACAGUUUAUUUCUGGAUGUGUUUUGAGAGGAUAAGGGUGACACAGUAGGUAGCAAUGGAAUGCACACUAUGCAGAUAGCAGAACGCAUCGAGAGCGUGUCCUGUCGUAUAAAAUAUCUUUCUACAAUCCCCUCCUUGUAGUUCCAGCCUUCCAUCAGGAUUGAAGGGUUUUAUCUGUAUUCUUAUCCAAAGACAUUUAGCUUUUUUAACAGCACAUAGAUUUGUUUUGAUGGAAUUUAGCUGAUGCAUCACAGUGGAAUGUCCACAGUUUUAGUCAUGGUGAAUUGGGUCACCAUACUGCGAGGGCGGGGUUUAUUAUAGAGGGUUUAUGUUGCCUUUCCCAUGAGAAGGAGCAACGAAGCGUUUUAAUCAGAUCACCCUUUUAAAGGCAAAUUCUACGUUAUUUACAGACAUGUUUGAUCACUUAAAUUAACGAUACCCAUUGAUCAUACUCGUUCUUGAAGAAUAUCACUUUGUCUUGUUGUUUUUCAAGUUGAGGAGUGGCCUUUACACUAGUACUGUAAACAAACGGUAGUCUGUGUGAAUCAGUCUCACCACAUCCAGUUAAGAAAAAGCACCAUGUUUUUGGCGUAACGUCAGUGCUGUGUUUGGACACUAAAGCAGAGCACACUGUCGACGCUGUUGAAUGGGAUUUGGUGUCAGUCUCUGACGUAGUUCUAUGUGCCAGGCCAGUGCCUGCUUGGGUUCUCUCCAGAGGUUGAUUCAUUUCUCUGACUGUUUUGGCAUUUAUUUAAAAAGUUGUCUGUGAAUGAGGUUAUGUGCAUGAAACUUAGCCUGGUCCCUGAUCUUUUUUUGCUGUUUAGCCAACUCCAAUGGUCAGAGUUGGCUAAACAGCACAACGAGAUCUGGGACCAGGCUACGUAAAACUAGUAUAUGUAGUCCCCUUUAGCUCAGUUGGUAGAGCAUGGUCGCUUGCAACGCCAGGGUUGUGGGUUCGUUUCCCACGGGGGGCCAGUAUGAAAAUGUAUGCACUCACUGACUAAAAUUUAAAUGUAUAUGCCAAGAGAGAUGGGCCAUAGAGGGGGCGUUUUGAGAGGGGAAGGAGGGGGGAGGUUAAAGGAGAGACGUAGGAAAAGUGUCCUCAACUCCCUAACUUCAAAUCAAAGGGUGUAGAUGGAGUGAGAGGAAUCACAUCUCUGCAGCUGCUCACUCACACUACGUCUCCCAUGCUCCCCUGGGGCAGUACUUGUCAGAAGGUCAUGGUGUUGCUGCGUAGACAACUGCUUAAGUAAGCCUUGUCUGAGCCAGGAUGGCCCAUAUUACAGGAGACAGUCACCUGUUUCUGUAAUUUGAGGCAGCUUGAUGUACAAGUACACCCCCGUGGACAUGGCACUAGCUUGCCGCAGGGCCUUAACCGUCGAUCCAUCUUGCUGAGUGCCAAGCAGAGACACCGGACCCAUUUUUUGUCUUUGGUAUGACUUGAACAGGGAUCGAACCCCCAACACCCUAACCACAAGGCUACUAAGUUCAUCUGACAACACACAUCCUUACAGAUGACUGUUGUACUUCAUCAGUACAGUUGUGGGCCCUAAAAGUUAGGCUAGUUCGCACCACAGUAUUUACAGAACAAUUGCCUCAAUGUGUGUGCAACACAGGACUCUAGUGUCUCCGGUUCAGGGUGGUAACUUAUAGGAGCUAUAUGAUUAAAAAAUGUUUACUAUCCACAACUGUACCACUGCUUGACUAACCUUUUUUUUAAUUGGACCUGGAUGUACAGAGGGUGCAUCCCAAUAACCUCUCUUAGCUCCUAAAGUGUCUAUACGUUCACUACUCAUCACAAAUGUAAAAGCAACAGAUUGGUGUUGUCAUGGGCCAGAGGGAGUUUCCAUAGACCAGUCAUUUUCCUUUCAAAACCAUGAAGGGAAUUGAACAAGUGCCCACUUCGGGAGAUAUGAAUUGAGACGCACCCAGUGUGUGCAGGCUUUUGUUCUAGCCAAGACUGUGAAGAUCACUGUUACUUGCUCUGACAGGCCUAUAACAAUUAGCUAAAUGUAAUGUAUGAUGUGUAUUCAGGGCCGGCUCCAGGCGCUUACUGUUGAGAGUUUGAAUGGUAGAAUACACAAGCAGCAAGUUCCACAUUUGGUUAUGCAUCAGCAAUUUUUUCUCUUGUUUUGUCAGUCACUGACAGUCACUCAAUUAGCCAUGUCAGCCCCCCCCAAAAAAAGAUUGGUAGUUAGUCUAGCCAGUUAUCUAAAACUUGUAGUCAUCAUGGCUGACUUCCUAACGGGCACAUGCCAAGGGGCCCUGACCUCCAGGAGGCCCCCAUUUUAAAUUCUGUAAGUCACUCUCACUCCGAUAUCAUUAACAUGGCAAAAAAAAGAAGAAAAAAAAAAGAAAAGGACAUUUGCUUUAAAAUGGCAACAAUGUCUAUGGCAUAAUGUGUUGAAUUGCAGGAAAUUAACUUAAUAUGUAAAUAUUUCUCUCCAACGUCAGGAGGGGGCCACUAGAAAAAUGUGCCCACUUGGUGGGGGGGCCCCUACCAAAUCUCGCUUAGGGCCCCCAAAAGGCUAGAUGUAUUGUAGUGGAGGCUGCUGAGGGGAAGUACGGCUCAUAAUAAUGUCUGGAACGGAGCAAAUGGAAUGGCAUCGCACCAUGUGUUUGAUGUAUUUGAUACCAUUCCACUAAUUCUGCUCCAGCCAUUACCAUGAGACCGUCCUCCCCAAUUUAAGGUGCCACCAACCUCCUGUGAUGUAUUGUAGCUUUGCUGUUUUUAACCUUUGCACAUUUUUCCUAUCCCCCUUUUUGUAAGUGAUAACAGCAAUAGUUUGCUAAUGCUUCAUAUGCUAAUAUGUCAGAGUGUCUGUGCUAAUCGUGGUCUAAUGUCAACGAGCAUGGUUAAAUCGCUCUCUGAUCUUAAAGGGAUGUUUGCAUACUUGGCCCUAAUGCUAUCAGUGGUAAUCAUCUCUGUACAGUCUGAAUGAUCUACAUGAAGAAGAGUUGCUUGUUGCGCCACACUGCCAGGAAUUCUCGUAGAAAACACUGAUUAUUUAUUAGGACCUAUUGAUGGAUCCUACUGACGUUCCGAUUCCGCACGCUUCUCCCAAAGUAUGCACUCCCUGUCAUGGAUUUAGCGACGAUGGAAACUCCCUCCAGCCAAUACUUAACUGCUAAGUCCAUGAUGGGGAGUGUGCAUGUGUACACUUCGGGAAAGGUACCUUAUUUGAUAAUGAUAGUCAUUAUACAGAUUCUUAAGUUUACUGUUGCCCCGCCCCCCCACUCCCAGGCCAAUCUGUGCUUUGUGGACAUUGACAACCACCGCGUGGAUCCACCCGAGGACCUGCCCCUCUUCCCAGACCAGCCGGAGCUCGUCAAGGAGCUGAACGAGGUGCUGCUGCACUUCGGCCUCCAGCCAUACGGGGGCACCACCACCACCAAGCCCGCCCCUGCCGCUCCCCCCUGCCUCAGCAGCCUAGUCCUGGAGGACCUGAUGGAAGACCGGCGCAACGGGAACCUGGGAGGGGAGGAGUUGGCCGUGCUGGAACGACUGCAGGCACUGGCUAGGAGGUGUGGAGGAGGGGGGAUGGCGGGAGGGAAGACACUGGGACGGGCGUUCCAGGAGGAAGAGGAGGAACUGAAGGCGGCUAAGAUGAACGUGCAGCUGAGGGAGGUGUUCGCGGGGCGAUUCACUUCCAUGUUCGGGAGGUAUGAAGAGUUUGUGAUCCACAGCGCUCCCGACCUGGAGUCCUGGCUGGGCAACCGUGAGGGAAUGAGCAACUUUGAUAAGGUAAUGGUGAAGAUCGAUCAACAAUCACUCACUGAAGGAGGAAUACCAUAGACACUCAUAUCCAUAGCCUACUCCUUCAGUCAGUAAUCCUACAUACAUUGACAAGAAGCUCUCAUUCAGGAUAGAAGCAAUAUUCUACCACUGUUAGUGAUUUCACCUGAUAGUGAUUUUAUGUGACGCGUAAACGUUUUGUGUACUUGUGCAUUUGCAUCACCAGGGCUCUUUCCUGUCAGCACAGCCCGCCCCACACCGGCACUUCCUGUCUCGGUUCCUGGAGACGGCCAUGUUUUCAUCAUUCGUGGACGGCAAGGUGUUAUCUCGCUGGGCAGACCGGGAGCCACUGCAGCGCGUGUUUGACGGGCGCCUGGAGAGGGAGCGCCUCUACAACACGUUCGAGGACGAUCCCGGCAACCGUCACUACAGGAAGUACACAGUACUCCAUGAGUCAGGUGGGUUGGAUUCAGGGGUGCUACAGUAGUACUCAUUCAAGAUUUCCCAUUAUUAUUGCUAACUGCAUGUGUUGGGGGCGAGGCCCCCCCCCCCCCCCCCACGUACACCCAUCUCUGGUUGUGUUCAUUAGGGAAUGCAACAGAAUAAAAAAAUUAAAAAAAGCUUUUGUAACAGUACAUGACAAUGAGUGCUUCUUCUUGGAAAGGUUUAGAUCACUGUUUCAGUCCAGUUUUGGGGGUUUGUUUCCUGAUGAGCAGGGUUCUCCAAUAGGCGGGCCGCGGGUGAUGUAUUUGGCCCCCCAAGUUUUCUGAGCAAAAAAGACUGUAAAAUCACCAGGAAAUGAUUCUGUUUUUGUCAAAUACUAUGUAUGUUUGGGGUUCUUGCUGUCAAUUUGCAGUGUCAAAAUUAUAACUGUUCCGGCCCCUCGACCAUCCCGCUCAAGGAAAAAUAGGCCCACAGCUGAAUGUAACUGGGGACCCCUGGCAUAGAGGACAUUGAGAGGCAGUGAUUAGCUAAGGAUACAAAGCAUCUCCAAAACCACAGAACACAUGUUGGAUGGGUUCUAAAACCACAGAACACACGUUGGAUGGGUUCUAAAACCACAGAACACACGUUGGAUGGGUUCUAAAACCACAGAACACACGUUGGAUGGGUUCUAAAACCACAGAACACACGUUGGAUGGGUUCUAAAACCACAGAACACGCGUUGUAUGGGUUCUAAAACCACAGAACACACGUUGUAUGGGUUCUAAAACCACAGAACACGCGUUGUAUGGGCUUGUCUUGUCCUUUUUUUCUUUCUACUCCGUAUAUUCCAUCUGUUCCACCGACGAGGGAGCGCACCGUGGAAUGCCAGCGCACCGUGGAACAAGAGAGGGAUUGGGAAUAUUCAGUUCUGGAGAAAUUAGAGGGGAAAUGGAGUUCAGUAUCAAUCUGAGAGAAUGAAAAGGUGAAGAGGGAGAGAGGAAUACAGAGGGAUGAUGGUGAGAGGUGGAAUAUGAAGGGGAACGAGGAGGGGGGGAUACUAGAGGGGUGGAGGUGGAGGGUGGGGAUACUAGAGGGGUGGAGGGUGGGGAUACUAGAGGGGUGGAGGGUGGGGAUACUAGAGGGGUGGAGGAGGAGGGUGGGGAUUACUAGAGGGGUGGAGGAGGAGGGUGGAGGGUGGGGAUACUAGAGGUGGGGAGGUGGAGGGUGGGGAUACUAGAUGUGGUGAUAGGUUUGGGGAUUCUAGAUGGGUGGAGUUGAGUUCUGGCGAUUCUGAGGGUGGCAGAGGAGGGUGGCAGGGUGGGGAUUUCCUAGGGGUGGUAGGGGAGGGUGGAGGGUGGGGAUACUAGAGGGGUGGAGGGUGGGGAUUCUAGAGGGGUGGAGGUGGAGGGUGGGGAUUCUAGAGGGGUGGAGGAGGAGGGUGGAGGGUGGGAUACUAGAGGGGUGGAGGAUAAGUAGCACAUGAUGAGAGGAGGAAGAGGAAAACAGUACAUUGUGUCCCUAUAAAAUAUAAUGAGACCCUCAAAACUCUCAGCUUUGAAGUUCUGCCAAGCGCUCUGCAGUGACUGCACCACUACGUCUGCUUCACAGUCGCUCUCUGUGUCUCUCUCUCUCUGUGUCUCUCUCUGUGUCUCUCUCUGUCUCUCUCUCUCUCUGUGUCUCUCUCUGUGUCUCUCUCUCUCUCUCUGUGUCUCUCUCUCUCUCUCUCUCUCUCUUUCUCUUUCUCUUUCUCUUUCUCUGUAUCUCUUUCUCUGUGUCUGUCUCUCUCUUUCUCUGUAUCUCUUUCUCUGUGUCUGUCUCUCUGUGUCUGUCUCUCUCUCUGUGUCUCUGUGUUGUCUCUUCUUCUGCUCUCUUGUGUCUCCUUCGUCUCUGUCUCUCUUUGUCUGUCUCUCUCUCUGCUCUCUUUGUCUGUCUCUGCUCUCUGUCGUCCUCUCUUGUCUCUCUGUUGUCUGUCUCUUGCUUCUGUCUCUGUGCUCUCUCUCUCUCUCUCUGUGUCUCUCUCUCUCUGUGUCUGUCUCCUCUCUCUCUCUGUGCUCUGUGUCCUCUCUCUUGUUGCUCUCUCUCUCUCUGCUCUCUCUCUCUUUGUGUGUCUCUCUCUCUGUUCUCUCUCUCUCUCUGUGUUGUUGUCUCUCUCUCUCUCUCUGUGUGUCUCUCUCUCUCUCGUUCUCUUGUGUCUCUCUCUCUGUUCUCUUUUGUGUCUCUCUCUCUCUCUGUGUUCCUCUCUCUCGCUCUCUGUGGUCUCUCUCUCUCCUCUCUCGUGUGUUUUCUCGCUUCUGUGUGUCUUCUCUCGUCUCUCUGUGUGUCUCUCUCUCUUCCUCUCUGUGUCUCUUCUCUCCUGUUGUCUCUCUCUCUCUGUCUGUCUCCUCUUCCUCUCUGUUUGUCUCUCUCUCUUGUGUCUCUCUCUCCUCUCUGUCGUUGUCUCUCUCUCUCUCUCUUGUGUCUCUCUCUCUCUCUCUCUCGUUUCUCCUCUCUCUCCUCUGUGUCUCUCUCUCUCUCUCUGUGUCUCUCUCUCUUCUCGUCUCUCUUGUCGUCUCUCUCCUGUGUCUCUUGUCUGUCUCAUCCUCUUGUGUCUUCUUUGUCGUCCUCUCUCUCUCUGUCUCUCUCUUGUUGUCUCUCUCUCUCUCGGUCGUCUUCUCUCUCUCUUGUGUGUGUCUCUCUCUCUCUGUGUGUCUCUCUCCUCUUGUGUUGCUCUCUCUCUUCUCUCUCUGUGUUUUUGUCUCUCUCUUCUCUUCGUUGUCUCGUCUCUGUGUCUCUCUCGCUCUCUGUGUGUCUCUCUGCUCUCUGUGUGUCUCUCUCUCUCUUGUCCGUCUUUCUCUCUCUCUCUUCUGUGUGUCUCUCUCUCUCUCUCUGCUGUGUGUGUUUCUCUCUCGCUCUCUCUGUGUCUUGUCUCUCUCUCUCUCUCUGUGUGUCUCUUCUGUCUCUGUCUCUCUCUCUCUACUGUGUGUCUCUCUCUCUCUCUAGUGUGUCUCUCUCUCUACUGUGUGUCUCUCUCUCUCUGGUGUCUCUCCUCUCUCUGGUGUGUCUCUAUCUCGUCUCUGUGGUGUCUCUCUCUCGCUCUACUGUGUGUGUCUUCUCUCUCGCUCUCUGUGUGUGUCUCUCUCUCGCUCUCUGUGUGUGUCUCUCUCUCGCUCUCUGUGUGUCUCUCUCUCGCUCUCUGUGGUGUCUCUCUCUCUCUCUCUCUGUGUGUGUCUGUCUCUCUCUCUCUGUAUGUCUUUGUCUCUCUCUCUCUGUAUGUCUCUGUCUCUCUCUCUCUGUCUCUGUGUAUGUCUCUCUCUCUCUGUCCCUCUCUCUCUGUGUCUCUCUUUGUCUGUCUCUUUCUCUGUGUCUCUCUUUGUCUGUCUCUCUUUGUCUGUCUGUCUCUCUGUCUCUGUCUCUCUCUGUGUCUCUCUUUGACCGUCUCUCUCUCUCUGUUUAAUAGUAUAUCUCCCUCCCUUUCUCUCCCUUCGUGUUUUCCAGGAAUGUGGCCUUUAAAGCAAACCAGGGAUUCACUUCCAUAUCGGGACAACAACACAUGACCUUGUUUCUGCACAAAGAGCUUUCCAGAUUAGACAUACAGUAUGACGCUGAUCUAAAACUCUGGAUUUGAAAGGAGGCUUAUACAAUGGUCAUUCGAUGUCAGACUGUAGAGCAAUGAGGAGUUAGAAAUGAAGAUGACAUAGCAAAUACACUAUUGAGGAGUGUCCUGUGUGGAUCAAUUGGUAAAGCAUGGCACUUGCAACGCCUGGAUCGUGUGUUCGAAUCCCGCUGGUGCAACCCAUACAAAAAUGUAUGAAUGCAUGACUAUAAAUCUCUUUGGAUGAAGGAGUCUGCUAAAUAGCAUUCAUAUUAUUAUUAUUAUUAUUAUUAUUAUUAUUAUUAUUAUUAUUAUUAUUAUAUUACUGCACUGGCCUGGUUACAUAUCCACCCUAGUUGCUGGAACCUGCUGGAAAUGACAAUGGUUGAUCAGCGUAAUUCCGUUACCAUGGAAUUUCCUCAAUGUGACAGGAAAAUAUCAGGCAGCACAGUAUGGCUUGGGUCAGCACAAUAGUGUGAAAAGGUUUACUAGACACUGCCUCUCCUACAGCCUUCUCCAGUAGGCCCCACUCACAUCCCCCACCUAUAUUAUGCUCUGGUCCCCAGUCCAGGCCAUGGAGCGCAGGCUGCUGAAGGCUGACCACACGGCCAUCCACCCUCACCUGUUGGAUAUGCGGAUUGGGCAGGGCCGACACCAGCAGGGCUGCUUCCCCAGGCUACAGGCUGAUGUACUGGCGCAGGGACACCACCCCAACAAGUAAGUAACACAUGCCCAUAUAUACACAGACACACGUACACAACAAUUACCUACACAAACACACACAGUACAUUGUGUCUGAUGCGGUUGCCCCUGUGUGCAGGUGGUCAAGUCGUAACACUCGCAGGAGCGACCCUAAGAGACCAGUGACCGCUGAGACCACCUCAGGACUGGACAAUGACCAGAGAGAAGUAAACGCCUGCUUUACCUAUAGCCCUUUUCCCUUACCUGGUGUAAGCAAUACUGUGAUGCCUUUACCUUUCUUUGCGUGAACACAAUUCUGCCUUCUGGGUCAUGUCCAUAAGGGCACACAGUGGAUUUUUUUUAAUUUUUUUUUUUUUACAUUUAGCAACAGAAAAAAGAAAAUGAGCCUUUCUUAUUGAACAAGUCCAGGUAGUGCCUCUCUGUUUCAGUCCUAUCUACAAACCCAGGACUGGCUGGGCCAGUAAAGGAGUUAUUGGUUGUUUUCAGAAUCAACUUUUUAGUAUUGUCUGAUUGGCUGUUGUUCUCUGUUUAUCCAAUAGAAGUACUCCCCGGGGAGGAGGAGCAUAAACCAGUCCAAGCUGCUUGACCCCUCCCCCUCAGCUGUCACUCAAACCCAGCGGGGGUUCGUGGAGGGGCUGCUGAGGGAGUGUCGCGUGAAGGUAAGGGGUCUCCUUAUGGAGUCUGCAUGCUUCCCAGCCGGUAGAGUUCGGGCAUAUAUUAGGAUGACAUUUUGUGACGUUUUUGUUCGUUUUGGACUUCGGAAGGGUUUAUUCGGCUGUUCGGUCUCACACAUUUUUUUCGGGAGGCCAGCCUAAAUUCGGAGCCGACGUCUACGCCCCUUCGUCAGUGAUUGUUCAACAGUAGGGAUUCUUCAAUAAAGUCUUUGUUGUCAUUCAACGAGAGACAACUUGUUUUCAUGCACAUGUUUUCAUUGAGAAAUGCUGCACCAAACAUCUUAGUUAGUAAAUUGCGCGAAAACAUCUCCUUGGCAAAAACGUCAAAAUUAAUAACAGAUUUCUUGAGUUAUCUUAGAUUAACCACAACAGGGGCAUAGCACCUCUGUUGGACAUCGACUCAGAGAAUCACACCGUAUGAAUUAAUUAAUACAAAAUCGCAAGUUGGCAACCCAUCCCUUACGGGAUUGUAAAGACAGCAUAUUAAAGAUCGAUAUACGAGUGAUUGUCUGUGUCUGAAAUUGGCACCCUUUUCCCUAUAUAGUGUACCACUUUUGGCCAGAGCCUCAGUAGUGCACUAUAAAUGGAAAAGGAUGCCAUUUCAGAAGUAACCAAUGUGUGGGUGCUGUUAUUCUGUCCUCAAGAGGGAAGCAGUGUCGAGGUGUGCAUUACCUGUAGUCGGUUGCUGGUUUCCCAAAGUCUGACCUGGGUCCUCCCCCUUCGGUGCAUGUUUUGGUUUUUGCCCUAGCACUACAGGUCUGUUUCAAAUAACCAAUGCAAAAACCAAAACGUGCACCCAGGGCAGAGUAUGUGAGCGGAGCUGCUGGUAUGGUGCUAAACGGUUAGGUUGUAGACCGGAUGCCAUUAUUGCUGAGCUCUUUACGUCCCAACCAGCCUAUUGUGUCGCACUCACAAAUGCUUCACAAUGCAUUUCUUUGUAGGAUAUAUAGCCUAAAUAAUUCAUUUCCGUUCCUCUUAGGCUCCCUGUCUGGCUCCUGACCUAUUUAGAGUGUUUAUAUGAUGUUUAAUAUGUAGCCUAUUUCAACCGAACGCUGCUUGCACCCGCCCACCCGACUAGAAUCACUACUCUCGGUGGGUCUGACUUAGAGUAUGUGGACAACUACAAAUACCUAGGUGUCUGGUUAGACUGUAAACUCUCCUUCCAGACUCACAUUAAGCAUCUCCAAUCAAAAGUUGGAUCUAGAAUCGGCUUCCUAUUUCGCAACAAAGCCUCCUUCACUCAUGCUGCCAAACAUGCCCUUGUAAAACUGACUAUCCUACCGAUCCUUGACUUCGGCGAUGUCAUUUACAAAAUAGCCUCCAACACUCUACUCAGCAAAUUGGAUGUAGUCUAUCACAGUGCCAUCCGUUUUGUCACCAAAGCCCCAUAUACUACCCACCAUUGUGACCUGUACGCUCUUGUUGGCUGGCCCUCACUACAUAUUCGUCGCCAAACCCACUGGCUCCAGGUCAUCUAUAAAUCACUGCUAGGCAAAUCCCCAUCUUAUCUUAGCUCACUGGUCACCAUAGCAACACCCACCCAUAGUCUGCGCUCCAGCAGGUAUAUCUCACUGGUCAUCCCCAAAGCCAACACCUCCUUCGGCUGCCAUUCCUUCCAGUUCUCUGCUGCCAAUGACUGGAAUGAACUGCAAAAGUCUCUGAAGCUGGAGACCCUUAUCUCCUUCACUAACUUUAAGCAUCAGUUGUCAGAGAAGCUUACCAAUCACUACACCUGUACACAGCCCAUCUGUAAUUAGCCCACCCAACUACCUCAUCCCCAUAUUGUUAUUUAUUUUUGCUAAUUUGCACCCCAGUAUCUUUAUUUGCACUUCAUCUUUUGCACAUCUAUCAUUCCACUGUUAAUACGAAAUUAACUAUUUUGCACUAUGGCCUAUUUAUUGCCUUACCUCCAUAAUUUACUACAUUCGCACACACUGUAUAUAGAUUUUCUGUUGUAUUUUUGACUUAAGUUUUGUUUACCCCAUAUGUAACUCUGUGUUAUUUUUAUCGCACUGCUUUGCUUUAUCUUGGCCAGGUCGCAGUUGUAAAUGAGAACUUGUUCUCAACUGGCUUACCUGGUUAAAUAAAGGUUAAAUAAAAAUAAAUAAAAAUAAAUACAUUUGAAAUGAUGAGCACUUCUUACAUUCACCUUUUUCAUGUUUAUUCAAAAACUUUUCAUUCAAAUCCAAAUGGUUUGGUUUUAAUACUUCAAAACCAAUUGGUAGGUCCAGGUAGUCACAAAAAUAGAUGGGUGUUGGUUAAAUUGUGAUUUUAAUGAAUGGAGCAAAUUUGGAUCUGGAAUUUCUUUCCUGUGAGCUUGGAGCGGUUUUUAGCAGAGCUGUAGGAAAGGACAUGGAGCGCCGGAGCAGUUCAACUCCGCUCACAUACUCUGACCCAGGAGGAGCCCCAGGACCGACUUUGGGAAACCCUGGUCUGUUGUGUCGUGACUCGUGAGAAAUGCAGUGUGCCUGUAUGCAUGGCAACUGUAUCCCAAAAAUCCACUGCUUGAAAUGACAUCAAUCAAGACUACAUUCAAUGAGGGCCAAGUCCUCCUCACUUAAGUUCAAUGUGCUUAAAACUGAGAUGGAUCCGCAUCAGGUGAAACCAUGCCACUGGUCACCCCAGGCACAUUUGUUAUUGUUUUUGUAUUGUUUAUAAGGAGGAGAGGUGUAAAAAAAACAAAAAAAAACAAAGAUUAUAUCACUGGUGCAGUGAUGUGCAAUGAUGUCUGAUGGGAAAAAAAGUUUAUCCAUUGUUUGAAGUGACAUCAUUGUUGUAAUAUCGGAAACGGACGUGGCAAUUUCACCUCUACGGAUUCCAGCUUUAAUUCUGACCCUAGCAUGAAUCAUGCAUUGAUGUCAAUUGAAGAUUUAGGAUGUGUGUCCUAAUUGUCCACACUUCUGAAGUAUAGACGGGUUGGUUGUUUAGCAACAAAACCGACACGGGCGCAACUAUGGGGCAAAAUAGACUGGGUUGGCAACCUGUAAACUAUUUCCUCUCCAAAUGUUGAUUUUAAACAUAAAUACAUUUGCACAAUGACCACUUGUUGUCUCUCAAAUACGUUAGUUGUUGGUUAGCUAGCUAGCGAAUUUUAGCCAUAUUAGCAUUGACAUGAAAUCAGUCAACACCAAAAAACAAGACAUGGUAUCAAGAUGCAACUAGCUGAAACAAGCCACCUACGAUUCCCCACUUGGCAGCUUCUUGUCAUUGUUGCUAGCUAUCUGACCGUCCAGAAUCAUAACGCACGGCUUCCGGCCCUAUCGUUGAGCACACUUUAUUUCUGUGACGUUGUCAGACAACCCGUCUGUGCCCUGGCACACUCCCCGUCAUGGAUUUAAAAUCCUGAAACCAUGACUGGGUGUUUGCAAGGGCACACUUUGGGAGAAGGGUGUAGAAUUGGGACGCAGCCUAAGAUUAAAGCCUAAGAUGGAAGAUAUGAUGUAACCCUGAUUGUGUGGCGCAGACUAGGCGUAUGCUGAUGGAAAGGAUGGGGAAGGAGAGUAUGGAGCUGGGUCAGGGCGAGGCCAGCAUUACAGGCCUGCAGGAGAACCGACUGAUCCACAGCCUCUGUGACCUGCUGGAGAGGACCUGGGGCCACGGGUUACAGCUCAAACAGGUUAGUCACACACAGACGGAGCCUUCAGAAUGUUUUCAUACCCCUUGACUUAUUCCACAUUUUGUUGUUACAGCCUGAAUUCAAAAUUGAUUAAAUAGAGGGUUUUUUCACACCCAUCUAUACCCCAUAAUUUUUAGAAAUGUUGAAAAUUGAUUGAAAAUAAAUUCACACUCCUUUGCCAUGACACUCCAAAUUGAGCUUGGGUGCAUCCAAUUUCCUUUGAUCAUCCUUGAUGUCACUACAACUUGAUUGGAGUCCAACUGUGGCCAAUUCAAUUGUUUGAACAUGAAAAACACACCUGUCUAUAUAAGGUUCCACAGUUGACAGUGCAAGUCAGAGCAGAAACUAUACCAUGAAGUCCAAGGAACUGUCUGUAGAUCUCCGAGAUAUAUGCCUCAUUACAAUUCUGUCUGGGGAGGGUAUAAAACAAUUUCUAGAGUUUCCAAGGGCACAAUGGUCUCAGUCAUUGGGAAAUGGGGAAAAAAUAUGGAACUACCCAGACUCUGCCUAGAGCUGGCUGUCUGACCAAACUGAGCAAAUGGGCAAGAAGGACCUUGGUCAGGGAGGUGACCAAGAACCUAAUGACCACUCUGAAAGAACUACAGAAAACCAGGCACAGCUCAUCAUCCGUCUAACACAUCCCUACCGUGAAGCAUGGUGGUGGCAGCAUCAUGCUAAGGGGGAUGCUUUUCAGCAGCAGCGACUGGGAGACUGGUAAGGAUAGAGGGAACAAUGAAUGGAGCCAAAUACAGGCAACUCCUUGAUGAGAACCUGCUUCAGUGCAAAUGACCUUAGACUGGGGCGAAAAUGUACUUUCCAACAGGACAAUGACCCCAAGCAUACAGCCAAAGCAAUGUUGGAAUGGCUUCAGAACAAGAAUGUGAAAUCCUUGAGUGGCCCAGACUUGAAUCCCAUUGAUAAUCUGUGGAAUGACUUGAAGAUUGCUGUUCAGCGCUGCUCCCCAUCUAACUUAACUGAGCUUGAGAAAAUCUGCAAGGAAGAAUGGGAGAAAAAUCCCCAAAUCCAAAUGUGCAAAGCUGAUGCAGACAUACCCAAGACGACUCAAAGCUGUAAUCACCGCCAAAGGUGCUUCUACAAAGACUUCUAAUGACUCAGGGGUGAAUACUAUUUCUGUAUUUCCAUUUUCAAUAAAUUUGCUAAAAUGUCUAAAGAUGUUUUUAUUUUGUCAUUAUGGGGUAUUGUGUGUAGAUGGGUGAGGGGGAAAAAAAAAAAUAUAUAUAUAAUUUAAGGGCUAUGAAUUCUUUCUGAGUGCACUGAAGCCCAGGAUUCAAACAGACAUGCAAAUUAGCAAUCUGCACGCUGCAAUAUACUUUUUAAAAGCAUUUUUCCCUAAAUGUGGUUGAGUGUGUGAGUGGUGUUGAUUUUGUGUUUGUACCGUCCAGGGUAGUUCGGCUCUGUGGUCCCACCUGCUCUACUACCAGGCCAACGAGGACAAGAUGGAGUCACCUUCACAUGCCGAGUCUCCAGGUCAGAGUAGAUGCAUACUAGCCUGAUCCCAGAUCUGUUUGUGAUGACAAUGACCAUUUGGCAUUAGAUAUACAGCACAAACAGAUGAUGGACCAAGCUAGACACUGUAGAUAUUAGGAACGUUGUACAGUAAUAUCCAUCUGGAAAUAUUUUAUUGGUCUGGUCUGCUAGCAUCACCAGUCAUUAACCAGAUAAUACAGUAGUUUGUCUGCUAGGUAUGCUCUGUGAAGUGAUCACAUCUGCCAUUCACUCUCUUCCUGGUUACAGUGUCCAAUGGGUCGGACAGCAGGAGGCUGGAGGAAGGGCUUCCACCACCGAAGGGCUCCUUUGUACAGGAUAUGAGGUAAUGUGUGGAUUCACAAAGCUGUAAAACAUGAUCUUAAAUGUAACCCAAAACUGUUGCUGUUUUUAAUGAGGGUUUCACAAUUUAAAUAUUUUAAAGUUUUUAUUUAUUUUAUUAUGUAAAUGUUUUUGCAGUUGUGAAAAAAUCAAGUUAUAAGAGUUGCAAAUUUCAUUGGAAAUGAUGUCAUUGUUGAUGAGAUGUUUUUUCAUGAAGGUUAUUUUCUCUUGAAGGACAUGGUCUCUACUAGAAAUGAAUGGACAACAUGGACACAUACAAAUAAUCUUUGUUUAAAUGUAUUUGUCAUAGAUUUCCAAAAUUACCUCUUAAUAACCAACAUUUCUGGUAACUUUGGUCAAUUACAGGGAGUUUUGCAACCCUACUCUAUACAGGAUAUGAGGUCAAUGUGUGCCCCGUUCUGAAUCAGAAGAAGAGGAGAUGGGCGUAGAAGAGGGGGGUGAUCGUUGUUAUGGCAGCGCUACUAGGCCGUUUCCAAACCAACAUGUCCGACGCAGGGGGUGUGGUCGGAGUGGGGAGAAUUGGUUGAGGCAGGGGAAUCAUUUUUCUUGGUUUUCAAGUGGUUGACGCUUUAUCAAAUUGAAACCACGCCAGCUUUCCUAAAACACAGCGCAACACAAACCAACAAACUGCUCUCUUUGAAAACCAAAGGAUGUCUGUGUUUUACCUCCUCAGGUUUGUCCAGACCAUGAGUGGGGGUCUCAGUGAAGUGGGUCGGGCCCGGGCCUGGAUCCAUCUGGCCCUGGAGAAGAAACUGCUCUCACAACACCUCAAACUGCUGCUGGCCAACCAUGACCUGAUUAGGUACACACACAUCACAUAUACGCUCUUCACACUACUGAGCUGAGCAGAGCCAAGCUGUACUGAGCUGGCUUGGUUGCACAUCCACGAUAGCCGCUAGAACCGUGCUGGAAAGGACAAUGUGAAAAGAAAAUAUCUGAGCCGGCACAGUUGGGGUUGGCACGGUAACGUGAAAAGGGUAACAGACAGAUGAGUCUUCAGAUGCAUGCUUCAUUUCUGUGUGUUAACCUCUCUGUUCUCUCCUUACAGGCAGCUGUAUAAGCCUUAUGCAUUCCUGCUGUGUGAGGAGGAGCGGGAGCAGUUCCUGUUCCACCUGCUGUCACUCAACACUGUGGAUUACCUCUGCUUCACACGCACAUUCACCUCCAUCAGUAAGUCUGGGAGAUUCCACAGGGCUGUGUUCAUUAGGCACCAAACGGAAGAAGUACCUGGGAUUGUCCAAUGAGACAUUUUUUAGUUUUCUGUUGCAAAAUGUUUUUGUUUUUUUGGUGCCUUAAUGCAGGGGUUCUCAAACUUUUUGAGGCCGGGGAAGCCUUUUGUGAUUAGCAAAUUCAUCAGGGAUAUGGCCUGGGUACCAGUCUCUUUCGCUAACAUUCCACUCCUUGCCUUUCAGCAAUCUUCAAACAUGAACAUUCUAUCAUUAAUGAGCUUGAGGAGAUCGGAGGAUUUGAUCCUAACUUAAUUUAUACAUUUGAUUGGAAACAUUCUAACACUGGGCAUUCUGACAAUAGAUUUAAUUAUAAACAUAAACAUUGGGUGCGGGGAGAACAGAGGAUUCCCAUUUAUUUCAUUUUUAGCACCAGCCAAUGUGAUCACGUCACAGAACAAAAGUCCUCGCCAUUCAAACUUCCCCGCCAGUUCAUUGUGAACGCUGUAGCCUAUUUUACUGUAUAUCCAGCAAGCAAGAGCAAGGUACUUCUUUCCUCGUGUGUGUGUGUGUGUAGAUAGAUAAUUAUCUAUUUUUCUGCUCAAAAUAAGUGACCAAACAAUAUUUCUACUUCUGGGACACAUUGGGCUGUAAGAGGAAUAGGGUGAGGCCAGUGGAGAGGCCAGUGGAGAGGCCAGUGGAGAGGCAUGAAUUGAGCAAGAAGGGAACAGUGAAGACAAAUGUGUAAGAUUGUUGUUCUUAAAAUUUGAAUUCUAUAUUCCACCAAAUUUGCUCGUACCCUGUGUUCCAUAACAUUGUCAUGGAAACUAUUAAUGUUGUUUCCAACUACCAAUCAGCGACUGCGCCGUAAAUCCAGCUGCAUAAGGCCAGUCUCUGUGGCAAUGACAAGUAGUGGCAAAUGGAAUGUUCACUAAAGAGACUGGUACUCAGGCUAAUCAGGGACCCCGUUAUUAUCAGACCACAACUUGAGUGUGAUUAAAAAAUAGCCUACAGGGAGUUUUACUAUGACGUCUGCAGUGCAUGGUUGGACGAACCAAGUCUCGGGCCCGGGGAAAGAACAUUUUAAAAUGCUCGCUUCUUGGCAUCAGAGAGAAUAUUGCAGUUUUCAAGCAAAUUUCCUGCAAUUCCACAUAUUUUGUCAUGGGGCAGAGAUGUUUUGUUGUUGCAGCUUUAAAGCUAAUAUCCUGCAAUUCUACAUAUUUUGCCAAGAGGCAGAGAACUUUGCUGUUUUAAAGCUUACAUUUCUGUGCAUUUAUAUAUAAAAAAAUAUAAAAAAUGGGAUUGAGUUGAUAAAAUGGAUACCAAUAUACCUGUGAGCCUCCCAUGCCCAUGUUGCCCAGGGUUAAGAACAUAUAAAUUGUAGAUUACUAUCAUUGUAUUGUAUUACACACUUUAAACUUAUUCCACGGCUCCCUUGGCAAAAAGUAGUUUAAUCUGUUAGUAGUAUUCAUUACAAAAAUGAAAUGUAUUUUUUAAAUAUAUAUAUAUAGAUAUAUAUUGCUCAAAAAAAUAAAGGAACAUUUAAACAACACAAUGUAACUCCAAGUCAAUCACACUUCUGUGAAAUCAAACUGUCCACUUAGGAAGCAACACUGAUUGACAAUAAAUUUCACAUGCUGUUGUGCAAAUGCAAUAGACAACAGGUGGAAAUUAUAGGCAAUUAGCAAGACACCCCCCAAUAAAGGACUGGUUUUGCAGGUGGUGACCACAGACCACUUCUCAGUUCCUAUGCUUCCUGGCUGAUGUUUUGGUCACUUUUGAAUGCUGGCGGUGCUUUCACUCUAGUGGUAGCAUGAGACGGAGUCUACAACCCACACAAGUGGCUCAGGUAGUGCAGCUCAUCCAGGAUGGCACAUCAAUGCGAGCUGUGGCAAGAAGGUUUGCUGUGUCUGUCAGCGUAGUGUCCAGAGCAUGGAGGCGCUACCCGGAGACAGGCCAGUACAUCAGGAGACGUGGAGGAGGCCGUAGGAGGGCAACAACCCAGCAGCAGGACCGCUACCUCUGCCUUUGUGCAAGGAGGAGCAGGAGGAGCACUGCCAGAGCACUGCAAAAUGACCUCCAGCAGGCCACAAAUGUGCAUGUGUCUGCUCAAACGGUCAGAAACAGACUCCAUGAGGGUGGUAUGAGGGCCCGACGUCCACAGGUGGGGGUUGUGCUUACAGCCCAACAUCGUGCAGGACGUUUGGCAUUUGCCAGAGAACACCAAGAUUGGCAAAAAUCGCCACUGGCGCCCUGUGCUCUUCACAGAUGAAAGCAGGUUCACACUGAGCACAUGUGACAGAGUCUGGAGACGCCGUGGAGAACGUUCUGCUGCCUGCAACAUCCUCCAGCAUGACCGGUUUGGCGGUGGGUCAGUCAUGGUGUGGGGUGGCAUUUCUUUGGGGGGCCGCACAGCCCUCCAUGUGCUCGCCAGAGGUAGCCUGACUGCCAUUAGGUACCGAGAUGAGAUCCUCAGACCCCUUGUGAGACCAUAUGCUGAUGCGGUUGGCCCUGGGUUCCUCCUAAUGCAAGACAAUGCUAGACCUCAUGUGGCUGGAGUGUGUCAGCAGUUCCUGCAAGAGGAAGGCAUUGAUGCUAUGGACUGGCCCGCCCGUUCCCCAGACCUGAAUCCAAUUGAGCACAUCUGGGACAUCAUGUCUCGCUCCAUCCACCAACGCCACGUUGCACCACAGACUGUCCAGGAGUUGUCGGAUGCUUUAGUCCAGGUUUAGGUGGAGAUCCCUCAGGAGACCAUCCGCCACCUCAUCAGGAGCAUGCCCAGGCGUUGUAGGGAGGUCAUACAGGCACGUGGAGGCCACACACACUACUGAGCCUCAUUUUGACUUGUUUUAAGGACAUUACAUCAAAGUUGGAUCAGCCUGUAGUGUGGUUUUCCACUUUUAAUUUUGAGGGUGACUCCAAAUCCAGACCUCCAUGGGUUGAUACAUUUGAUUUCCAUUGAUAUUUUUUGUGUGAUUUUGUUGUCAGCACAUUCAACUAUAUAAAGAAAAAAGUAUUUAAUACGAUUAUUUCAUUCAUUCAGAUCUAGGAUGUGUUAUUUUAGUGUUCCCUUAAUUUUUUUGAGCAGUGUAUAUAUUGAGAUCUGGCUGCGCACCCCCUGUAGUACCUCCCGCAGACCCCACUUUGAGAACCCCUGCCCUAAUGAACACAUCCCAGCUUCCAAGAUACUGAAACCAGGGGGGGGGGGUUCUCAUUGGGUUCCUAAUUCCUAUUUGGUUGUAUGAGAGAAUGUUCUAACGUUAUUGAAGCGUUUUGGUUAUUAGUAUGAUAAUGUUUCUGCAAUAUCUUCAUAUCAAGUCCGCAUCCGCCCUGCAGUUCUGAAAACGUUCUUGGACUGUUCCUGGAAGGUUUUUAAGAAGGAAUGGUCUUAAGAACGUUGUCAUCUUGGAUAGAGGAACAUUACCAUUAACGUACCAGAAAUGUUCUGGGAUCUAAACAUUCUUAGCUGGUUUAAACUAAAGCCACCUUUUACAGUCCGUAAACAUCUAACAUUGCACUGAAAUGUGUUCACUGCGUGUAAGUCGACUCUGGAUAAGAGCAUCUGCUAAAUGUAAAUGUUCUCGUCUCUUCAGGUAUUCCGUACCGUGUUGUCAUAACGCCCAUGAAAAAGCUGAGCAUUGCCAUGACAAUGUCCAAUCCCUGGGUGUGUGUUUCUGGAGAGCUGGGCGACUCAGGGAUCAGGCAGAUCCCCAAGAACACACAGGAGAUCUUCUUCCAGGUGAGGUGCUCCGUCCCAUUGUUUCCCUGGGCUGGGUGGAGCGGAUGGAAGCUACUGCUUAGGAAUUCUCCAUCAAACAUACAUGCGCGCACGUGCUCACACACACUGUUCUUAUUCUAGUUUCUCUCUCUCUCUGUCUCUGUCUCUCUGUCUCUCUCUCUGUGUGUGUGUGUGUGUUAGUGUCAGAACCUGGGCAGACUGAGCACCCUGCAGUUGGGCCAGGAGAACUCUGGCCUGCUGGCUAAGUGUCUGGUGGACUGUGUGAUUGUGCACAAUGAGAUCACUGGACACACCUACAGGUAACACACACAUACUGUAUGGACACACCAUUUCUUCUGUUAAACCUGCAUUAUACUGCACACAUUUUUUUGACCAAGUUAGUUAGUGUUGCUCUAAUUUCUGUACUCUCACAAGUUGUGUUCAUUAGGGCACACAACGGAAAACCAUUUAAAAUGUUCUGCAACAGGAAAGAAACAUUUGUGUUUAGGAUUAGACAAGUCCAGGUUGUCCUUCUGUUUGUUUAGUCCCUAAUGAACGUGACCCUGCUUCAAAAUUCUGAAUUGACAAAUUUCAAAUUGACUGCUCCUUUGCCCUGUUUCACAUAUAACCUCUGACCCCCUUAUCUCUCUACCUGCACUCUCUUCCCAGGUUCCCGUGCGGCCGCUGGCUGGGGAAGGGUGUGGGCGACGGAAGCCUGGAGAGGGUGCUGAUUGGCCAGCUGGUGUCGCCCGGAGGAGAGGAGGAUUCUGGGAGGUGGACGGGGACGCCCCCGGAGCAGGGCUCGCCCCCUCAGAGCGGACGCACGGGGGGUCUGGGGUCUCUGGGCCGCAGCAACAGUACGUAUGGACGCGCACACACACACACUGAGGGCUCAGAUUUACUGAACAUUUUCUGUAAUUCAUCACUAUACUUUACUAUUAAUGCUCUAUCUUUUCUCCCCUUCAAUAUCGUCUUUCAUGCCAUUGUCAAUCUUCACGUCUCAAUUCCUCUCUCCCAUGCUCCCUCUACCUCCAUUCUCUCUCUCCUUCCUACCAUAUCUCUCCUCCUCCAUUCAGAGCUCUGCUCUGUCCAGGUGCAGGAGGAUAUGAGGGAGGCGGUGAACAACCUCGUCAAGCACUUCCACAAAGCAGAGCAGGAGGUAGGCUGUGUGUGUGAGAGAUUCCAGAUAGAGGGAGCAGAGGAGACUUUCUGCUGCUGUUUGUGUGUGUGUCUGGAUCAAUGCUUCUCCGUGUGUCUAGAGGUUAUCAUCAGCACGAUUCACGACCUUCACUCUGCAAGGCAGAAUCUCCCAGUUUAAAGGCAGGCUUGCUUUUUUCUCUAGUCUAUGGCCUGCUCUGACCUCCCCUUUAAAAGCCUGCUCUGACCUCUCCUUUUAAAAGCCUGCUCUGACCUCUCCUUUUAAAAGCCUACUCUGACCUUCCCUUUAAAAGCCUGCUCUGACCUCUCCUUUUAAAAGCCUACUCUGACAUGUUUAAAAUCCCUAGUCUGAACUCCCCUUAAAAACCCCAGCCCUGUGGAGACAGUAGCUCACUGUAAUUACAUUUUUAUCGGUUACCACUUAACCCCUCCCCCCAGGACAAUGCAUCGACCAAUCAGCUUUAAUACAUUGACCUUUCCUUGACGUAGUAGAGGCGGAGGAGCCAUGCAGAUUCGCCCCUCAGUGAAUUGUAAAUGAAAUAAAAUGGGGGGGGGGGUGUGCCUUUAAAAAGCAUGAAAUUAUAUUAUUAUUUAUAAGAGCUUCCAAGAAACCACUCGCUGCUUUGGGGAAUUCUGUCACAGCAAGUGCUUUGGAUUUGGUUUUUCAUUUCAUCACAGGCUGUUGGAACCUGGAGGGAAAGUGGAAUCGUGGUGCUUUGAGAGCCUUCUCUGGAACUGAAGUGUACUAGAUAAUAUCGCCCUGGGCUUAAAUUUGUCACCUUGGCAACCAUAAUUCAACUCCUCCACACUCCAGUCCAACAAUUGUACAACACUGUAGGCAAGACAAUAGUGCUUAAUUUGUAAGGACGACUGAAUGAAUGCGGCUGGAAGGUUUCUGAAGAAACUUCAGAGGGAUUCCAUCCGCAGUCUGAGUGUUCUGCUGUGUCCAGCUUAAAAGGGAUGUAGCAUCUUUAAAGGGGGGCUGAACUUACUGAUUUAGCCUUGCUUUCAGUCAUCCUCAUUAGGAAAUGCAACUGAGAAUGAGAUUUGGGUCUUGGAGGCGUGCUUUGGGUGUGGGUGGGUAGGGGUGUUCACACGUGGGAAGUGUUUGUAUAUUCACUCAGCCAAAACAGGAGACAGUUAGUCACUCACCCUUCUAGAUAACUUGAAACAGUCUAACCAGGUCUUGUGUCUGGAAGCUAGCCAACUUCUUUAGCCGAUUGGCUUCAGCUGGUGGGUGUGUGACCAUGGCAAAGUUGGUUUGACUUUGGAUAGCCUAUAUGUGGGACUGUCAAUAUAUUACAUAAUAAAAAUGGGACAAUUUUCAGUAUUCUCAUUUAAAUGCAUUCAAUAUUUGUGUAUGAAUUUCUACAAUUUAUAUAGUUGGUUUGAAGUUCUUAUAUCAUUGAAAUUUGGAUAUAUUGAAAUUAAAAUAUUUUCCCAUGUAUAUUGUGUAAUUAACUGAUGGCCCCUAACUAGCCCCAUAUGGAUAUCCAAAGUCAAACGAAAUUGACCAUGGUCAGUGUCCUGGGAAUUACGAUCGGGUCUUGUGCAGCUGUGCUCUGAAUUGACGAUCACUUGGGUUGAAAUAAACCCAACCCAAGGAAAACUUCCUAAUAAUCUCCGUUUUGGACGAGACUGAUUUUAUGACCAAUAUUAUCCAAUUUACAAUUUGUAGUCAAUUUUGACACUAGAAUAAAUGUUUCUGACUCGUAUCGAUGCCACAGGCCGUUUUCAGUUUAUUUUUUUAUUCAAUCUCUUUAAACUCUACCAUUGUAACUGUAUGGCCAUUAAAACCAUAUCUAAAUGUGUGGCCAGUUAGGUUAAAUACUGCCACCAGGUAGCUAACCAGAACCAUAUUCUACAAGUUAGCGACUCUCAUAAGAUUGAACCUCUCCCCUCUCCUCUCCUUUCAGAGGGGGAACCUGACUGCUCUGCUCUGUGGAGAGGGGGGGCUGGUGCGCUCCCUGGAACAGUUCCUCCUCCACGGCUUCAAGUCCUCGCGCCUAUUUCAGAGGAGUGUGUUCAUAUGGGACUUUGUGGGUAAGUGUGUGUGUGGGGGGGGGGACAGAAUAUGUGGAGUGUAGUAAUGUAAAUUGUCUCCAUCUAGUGGCUCAUUUUAAAAAGUUAAAUUUUGCAUUAUUCAAUGUAAGUGCAGCACAGCAUGAUUCACCUAGUAGCCCCAGUAAACGGCAUCAUCUUGUCAUAGAAAGAGAAUUGCGAGUGUUUUAGUCAUUGUAUUUCUAUGGUCCCUGUCCUUCUGUGUUACCUGCCCCCCCCCCCCCCCCCCCCGCACUGCACACACAGAGAAAGGGGUGGUUUCCAUGGAGACUGCGGAUCAGAUGGGUGACUUGCGGGGGUCAACAGAGCUAUGUGACUCACUGUGUCACUAUGCCAACGGCAUCAACGCCUCGUCACGGAACAUCGGAAAGGAGGGCAAGUUCCAGCUGCUGGUCUGCCUGGGAGUUAGGUGAGAGGUCAAAGUUGAAGGUUCAAACGGCAAUGGAAAGGGAGAUGGUCUAACGUCACAGAACAGAUUUUGUAGAACAGAUUAAUUCCAUCUUUAUUCAUCCUAUUUCUAUCUUUGCGUACAGAACGUUGCAUCAUUCUGAAUAGACCCCAGUUGUGUCGACUGUGCAAGUCUGACUUGACAGAUGCAUUCAAACAGGGCCCUCUAAUGAAAAUGUGAACGUCACCACUCUGGUGGUUAAUUUUAUCAGUCAAGUGACACACUUUCCCUUUCCCUGAAGCCCCUGAGCACUCCGCAGCCGGAGUGGCCUGCAGCAGGACUGGUCUCCAAGGCCUCAGUCACAGACCUGAUCCAUUUACAUCACACACAGUUAUUUCAGCUAGGAAUUUGGGCUGCUGCAGGCCUACAGCGUAGGGGUGGUCCGAACCGUGGUGGUCGGUGCCGUUUUUAAGAUGAGGGAGGACGUUUUUAAUGAGCAUGGCGUUAUUUCUAUUACAGCAUAUUGGAUGACUGUCAUUCAUAUUUCAUUCAACCAGUUCAAUGUAACAUUGAUAGGUUUAGGCUACUACAUGAUACUAGAAUUUUCCCUAUACCCAUCAUGAGGUUUCUACAACCAAGCCUAUAAAUGAAAGGUGCACACAGGUCGAGAGAAAUUUGAGGUGACAGUGACACAUGGACAGACGGUGACAUUCAAUACCGCCUUACACACUCUUGCCUGCAUCAAGCUGAUCUAGGGUGUAAUCAUUAGUCCAACAGUUGCAAACAAGAGUUUCAAUUGGACAAAUUCAGGUAUGUUUAUCCCGGUUCCGUUUGCUUCCCUUUAAGAAACAUUUUUCAACAGAAUCGGCAGAAUGAAUACACACCUGAUCAUAUGUAAACACAGUUCACUUUCAUAGCAGCCACGUUGUAUUCCUUCUCGCAUCUAUGCGCUCUCCUCCUCUCACAUUUCCCCUUCGCUUGUGGACUUCAAUGCACAACACAUCAGCUGUAUGUGACCAGGCGAAGAAAAAAAAAACUUUCCAAGCCAUAUCAUAACCUCUACACACAGCCUACAUUGUUGUCACCAUAUUAGCUAAAGUAACAUCAUAGUCAACACAGCUAAUAGAACUAACGUGUUAGUAAACCCGCUACAAUCAUACAGUGUACAGUCAGUAAACAGUUUAGCAGUUACUCCGGUGGGCCCCGGUGGCAAGAAAUUAAUAAAACCAAAAGCUUACCUUGACUUGGAAGAGUUCCAGUGUUAGCUAGCUGGAACAACAUAACAUCCCUCUGUUUGAGCUGGGUGUUUGAGUAGGCUAAACUAGCAAGCUGCAUUUGCUAAGUAAGUGAAAGUGAAAGAUUGACUAAAUAUCACGUCAAUGUACCCAGAGGAGGAUGAAAAAUAGCUGUCCUCCGAUUACACCAUGGUGCUACCCUACAGAGUGCUGUUGAGGCUAAUGUAGACCUUCAUAGCAAAAGUGUAUUUUUAUCAAUUAUUUGGUGAUGUGAAUAUAUUUAGUAUAGUUUUAUCUAAAAAGGAUAACCUUUUUAAAUGUUUCACUAUUUUUUUGGUCCUCCCCUUCCUCAUCUGAGGAGCCUCCACUGGAAUGUAGGAUACAUAGUUGGCUGAAUAACUGGGUAAUGUCUUGUUCAAGCUGGUACCUACCUGGUAGUUAACUAAGAAACUAUGUGGAAACAAGAUGCCUUCUGGUACAUACCUGUAUUUAACUAAGAAACUAUGUGGAAACAAGAUGCCUUCUGGUCCCUACCUCAAAGAAUUCACCACAAUUGGUAAACAACCUUUUACCAAAUGGUACAUAGUGACGUUUGUGUCAAUGAAUUUCAAAGAAACUGAAAUGUAAUAACUAUGCAGUUAUUAGGCAAUUGUUGUUUUAAUAAGUAAUAAUUUCUAAGUAACGGGCAGUGGGCUGUAAAAUAUAACGUAACUAAUAAGUUUUACAUACAAUGACAAUUAAUCUGGUUUGUUAAUUGGUGUAUGGUCUAAAUUGAUACGAUUUCCCCAUUACAUUUCAUGCAUUUUGAGGUCUUCUGAAAGGCAUAAUAUAAAUGCAAUUAAUUAAUGAUGAAAAUAAACAAAAAACAAGACUGUUGAUUGAAGUAAGUGGUCUGAGGUGCUUUGGUAGACCUUGGAGCUUGCUUUUGAAAACGGGGCUUUAUUAUGAUAUAGUCCUCUUCUAUAUAUUGUAUUUACAUUUUCCUGAGACGGACUACCUACCUAGCUAGCUAGUAACUGACCACUACUGGAAGAAUCAUCAAAUUAAACCCACAACGAAUGUGCUCACUCAAUUGCUUUUGUUGAAUUUUAAAUAAAAUGCUAACUUGCAUCUAUGAGAACCUAGUCAACAGCUCCAGGUACAAGUUGGUUUCCUAUCCCCAAUUCCAAACCGUAACCAUUAUGGCAUAAAUGCAACUCAGAUUUGUUCUACACAAUGCAUUUCUGCUUGAGUGUUAUGUAGUGUUGCUCCCUCCUGAACAGACCUGUGGCGAUAAUGAUUUGACCUUUGACCCUGUGUGUUGGCAGGGACCGGCUGCUGCCCCAGUGGCUCCCCCUGUUGGCCGAGUGCCACCUGACGGCUGGUCAAUACGAGAAGUCCGCGCUGGUCCGGGAUCGUGCCGCCGUCCACUCACUCUCCCGCGUCCUCCACACCCUCCACGAGUUUCCCAUCGCCCUGGAGCCCGCCCUGGUCAAGGGGGUGGAUCUCUAACCCCAUGGUGUUUUAACCCCUAUCCACAGACUGCACAACGCACCAAGGGUGGCUGGGCCUCAAUAGUGUCGAGUGACUGCCUCUCCAUGUGUCCUCUCCUUCGUUUCCGCACUGAUCUGAGAACUUGGCAGGUGUAAGUAAGAAGUAUGACACAUGCCCUUCAUUGGGAUCAUCACUUCUUCAAUCCAGUCAGAUCUAGUGCAGGUGAGGGAGAGGACCCGAGGACAAGAAGUCACUUUAGACUAUUGA